AAAGAUCUGUUCAUGAAUCUGGUUCGCUCUCUUCUCGAUCUGUUGAAAAAGAUCAUCACGGAGUGAGGAAGAGGAGGAGAAGAAGAUGCACGAUUUCUGCUUCACGAUCCCGUACGGCCUCCUCCUGGUGAUCGGAGGAGUCAUCGGGUACCUGAGGAAGAAGAGCGUCAACUCCCUCGCCGGCGGCGCCGGCACCGGCUUCCUCCUCCUCGUCGCCGGCUACCUGAGCCUCAAGGCCUUCGAGAAGCGGAAGAACUCCUACGUCGCUCUCGUUCUCGAGACCGUUUGUGCCGCCGUGCUUACCUUCGUCAUGGGACAGCGCUACCUCGAGACAUCUAAAAUCAUGCCAGCGGGUUUUCUUGCGGGAUUAAGUGCUCUGAUGACCGGGUUUUAUAUCUACAAAAUUGCGACCGGAGGCAACCAUUUCGCAGCCAAGGCUGAGUGAUGGCACUGGUGAUAGGCACUCAUGUAUGGAAAUUUGAAGAUCUCGACUUAAAAUUACCAGGUGUAACUACUGUUGUUUUUUUUAGGUGAAUGAGAGAUCUUUCGUUCGGACGAAUCCUGGUUUCUAGCGUUCCUAACUCAAUUUUAAGGACUCAUUUUAGUGCUCUACUGUACACGGAAUGAAUGGGCGAAAAACAGGUUUGGCUUGAAGUGUGAUUAUGUAGGGACAUUGAUCCA